AUGCCUCCCAAGCGCUCUUCUACUCGGCGUGCCGGGGCUGUGACUCUGACCUCUGACCGCGGGACUCCUUCGUACAUCCCUAACAUGUCAAGUCCCGAUGCGAGGAAUCCUGCCUUGCCUGAUAUACCGACCAAGCAAUCGUUCGCCUAUGGCUCAUCAACAACACCAAUUCUUCCCCGUGAGCUUGCGGCGAAGCCGAGGAUGAAUCUGGUUGAGAUGGCAACCAAUAUCGAUGAAGGCCGCAGGGUCGCCCAAGAUCGAGACUUUGACAGACCUCACAUGAACACACGCUCGCGAAGGCAAUCUGUUUCUGCAAGCUUAUCCCCUGUUCGGCGAAGUCGACGUGAGCCAACUCCAGAUCAACUGCAGCUGCUUGAUUCGCUACGUGAAGCCACUAUGUCUCCUAAUGGCCAAGACCAUGGAGAGCAAUCUACUCCCACUCCCACUCCUCCUAUUCCACACACUCUGUCCACAGCAUCCAGUCCUGCUACUGAAUCUCUUACGAACCCCAAAUACCCUGUCUUGACUACCGACCAACUUUAUCCGUCUCCACUUCUGCGGUAUGGAUCACCUGCUCGGAAUGCAAUCUCGCUGAGCUCGCCCAAUUUUGCAACCUCUGUCGACAAUGAAUCAGUUAUCUCGUGGAACGUAGAACGUGAUAUCCAUGAUGAUGACCUGCAACGGACACGCCCGAAUGGGUAUCUUGAUGGACCGCAUGGAAAGAACAUUACAGCUCCUCCCCGCCGAUUUUCGGGCUUCGCGUUUGCCCACGAGCCUAUUGAAGAAGUUGACGAACCGACUACCCAGCUCUCUAUAUCUAAAUCACGUUCUCCUGAGGCUGCGACAGUCGACAUUCAGCCUAAGCCUGAACCGCUGUCAGAGUCCGAAGUGGCGCUAUCGCCCGGGUCCACGCCUUCGCCCGAGCCAGAGCCAGAGCCAGAAAGGGAGCCUGAGCCUGAGCGCGAGCCCACGCCUCCUCGUGCUCCCGCUCCCGCUCCAGCGCCCAGGAUCGCAUCCAAACCUGAGCUUUCUUCAGCGCCCACUAGGACAAUUAUUCCCAGCAAUCCUAUCCGGGAGGCUUCAUUUGAUGACAGCACGUAUGAGAACGCGUCCCCGUUACGAGAACGUGUCAAAAGCAACGUGCGCUCAGUGGGGAAUGCAGCAAUUAGUUUCCAGAAAGGCUUGCCUGUCAAAGUAAUCACUCUGGUGGUACUAACAGCAGCUAUUCUCACCGCCUGCUUUUUUGGCGACCAAGUUUCCAACAUUUCCUCCAGUAUCGGCUGGCAUCUUCCAUUGUACAGAGGCCCCUUCCGCGAUUUGAAUGCGACUGCGUUGCAAGCAGUCCACGGUCUUUCUAACCAAGUGGUUCGCCUUGGAGAGGAAGUUUCCUCGCUGUCUAAGGAGAUGGAUGUCAUUAAAACUGAGGUUGAACAUGUGCCUGCUCCCACCACCAUUGUCCAGCCAAUCCCAGCUCAACAAGAGACCCCGAAAACCAAUUUUCUAUCUAUAGGUAUGGGUGUUUUUGUAGACCCGUACAACACAAGUCCCACAUCGGGGCGGUCUGUGGGCUUCCUGCACAAACUCCACUCUCAACUUUUGUCUAGAGGCUCGCAGCGACAGCCGGAGCCUCCCCUUGCAGCUUUGACACCCUGGCAGGACGUGGGGGAGUGUUGGUGUAGCAAGCCUCGCUCUGGUAUGUCUCAGCUUGCACUGCAGCUGGGGCGUGAAAUCGUGCCAGAGGAGGUGGUUGUAGAACACAUACCGAAGGGGGCAAGCAUCCGGCCAGAAGUUGCACCUCGGGAUAUGGAGCUAUGGGCUCAGUUCCAUAUCGUCGAUGAAUCGAACUCCGACUCGUCUCCUUCCCCCAAUCCCUUACGCAAAUCCGGGAUGUUGUCUGAGCAGGCGUCCCUCCACGACCACAUCAUUGAUACCCUUCGGUUAGCAUAUAAAGGUGAACCCGAGGGUGCAUACUCGAACGACGAACUCCUGGGGCCUUCGUUCUAUCGUGUGGGGCAAUGGACAUAUGAUCUCCACGCCUCGAACCAUAUCCAGAAGUUCGAGUUAGACGCUAUCAUUGAUGUUCCAGCCAUCCGAGUCGACAAGGUGGCUUUCCGGGUCAAGUCAAACUGGGGUGGAAACGAUACAUGUCUGUAUCGGUUGAAACUAUACGGCCAUGUGUAG